AUGGGCACGUUUUUAUCGAAGUCCCACAUUUUAGAUUCUGAAACCGCGCUCAAUAUUGCUGAAACAAUCCGAUGCAUAGCUGCAGCUCCGUUUGGGCCUGGAUACGAUUAUUUAUUGAUUGGAACUGAUUCGCACGUGAUUUGUUACGACGUUCACAAUAAUCAAACAAUUUUCCGAAACGAGGUUCCUGAUGGUGUAAACUGUUUCGCAGUAGGAAAAGUGGCUGAAAACCCACCGGCAAUUUAUUGUGGCGGAAAUUGUUGUAUUUGGGGUUUUGACAAAGAUGGUGGAAAUUGUUACUGGACAGUAACUGGUGAUGUUGUUACUACUAUGUGCAUUUGUGAUUAUGACAACGACGGAGAAAACGAACUCAUCAUUGGUUCGCCCGAUUACGAGAUUCGAGUUUUUAAAAACGAUUUGAUGAGAUGGGAAAUGAUGGAAACUGAUGCCGUAUUAAGUUUGGUUACCGUAUCCAACAAUGCGUUCGGAUAUGCACUUGCGAAUGGAACGGUGGGGGUCUAUCGAAAUCAAGAACGAACAUGGCGUAUCAAAUCCAAGAACAAUAUAUCGGCGAUGUUUCGGUUUCCUGAUGAUAAUUUGAUGACUUGCGUAUGGAAACAUGGAAAGAUUGACAUGCGAUUCGUAAGCAACGGAGAUAUUUCGUCAAAAGACCAAUCACUUUCGGGUGCGGUCUCUGCUGCGACGAUUUCGAGAAAGGAGCGAUGUGAAGACUCCGAGAUCACAAUAAUACUGGCUGAUGGAAAAGUUCAUGGCUACAAAUUGCAACAGCGAAAAGAACCCGUUGAUUCUAUGCAGGAAUUAAUUCGUGAAUUCGGGCAAAAGAAGCACAAUUUAAUGAUGGAAUUAUCCAAUUAUGAAGCCGAAGAGCAAUUAACGGAUGCCGAUAAAGAAAGAGAUCAAAGGAUUCCUAUCGAUACAACUGUCAACUGCCUCUACGUUGUGAACUAUGAUGAGCUUACACUUAACUUAGUUAUCGAGGCCUCCCAUAAAAUCUUCGUUCGUGCGGUUAUCAUUUUUGCGGAAGGACUUUUUGAAGGAGAAUCGUACAUCUGGAUUCCAACGGCCGAUAAGCAGGGUGAUCGGGUUGUUAUACCAUUGGUCCCAGAAAAAGAUCAACCGAAUGAUAUGCAUAUCAAAUCAUUUUUGGGGCAUGUCGAUGCAUACAAGUUACAUGUUUUUGAAAUGGCUCGACUGAUCCCUCGUUUUGCUCGGUUUACGUUAACAUCGAAUCCACCAUUUUGGAACGAACCGACAUGUUUUGUUGAAUUUGAGUUUAAAGCAAAACCGGGCAAAUUUUUCGAUUGGGUUCAUGAAUGCUUUGUGGUUGAUGAGAAGACAGAAGCUUUUGAUCCGGAUCUGAAGAAAGCUGAGUUAAAAUUCAUUGGUUUGGCACCAAAGAAAGGAAUUUGUCUCUGUUUUCGAUACGAUGUUCAAGAAAACAAGAUGGUGAUUUAUCAUGAUUGCAUUGAAACUACUGGAAACAUAAUUCAACACCUUGCCGCUUAUUUCCAAAUCAGCAACGUUGAAUCACAUGCUCAAUUCGCCAAUGAGUUUAAAGAAGCUGACGAGAUUCUGUCGGAAAUUGACUCGAUGACGGAAUUGCGUGAUCGUCUCACUGCUGAAUUGCAAGAAAGACAGUCUACAGUGAAAGAGACAUUGAUUCGAGCAGAGGACUCAAUUACAAUUGACAACAUUCCGGAAGCUAGAAAAUUCUAUUUGAGAUUAAAGCAAAUGGAAUCAGCUGCAAGACAAGCUGCUUUAUUGAGAUGGAACAACAAUGAACGAUGCGUGAAAUCUCUUCGACGACUUCACAAAAUUAUCGAAAACGCUGCAAAGCUUCGUGUUGGCGAACCAAAUCGGCGAAUUGUUAGCGCUUGUCGCUCAGCUAUCGCCGAUGACAACAAACAAGUUGUUGUGAAAAUUCUCGAGUUUGGAGCAGCAUAG